GAUGACUACGACUGAAACCUUUUCUACGUUAGAACACUCCUGGACGAAUGAGGGACUACACCGCCUGAUUGUAAUGCUAAAUAUGUGCCAUGUAUGAUGUAGAAAUGCCUAGAUAGUCAGAGGCCUGCCCAGACACUACUGCCUUUAAGGACUGUGAACUCUUAACCUCUUUUCCCGUUCUAAGGACGCAAGGACUAUGUAACCCCAUGUUACUCCUCCACAUGGACUGUUCGGUCUCAGUGUUGCCCUGAAGGCUGUGACUAGCACCCCACCCUUCAGACCAAAGGGGGGUUGGGACUCAGCAUGCUACAUGUGGAGAACAAAGACAGCAGCCUUGACCCGAGGCCUGAAUGGGAAACAAAGGCCAGACAGCAGAACAGCGCCCAAUCUCCACCAGCCAGUUUAUUCGAGAUACUUCACCGGAUAACCCAAACGGACUGACACAUUCAGUCUCUAUCCAAGACUGAUUUCAAAACGAUGAAUUAUCCAGUGAUGAUGUGCUAUCCAGACAAGCCACUGCUAUUGUGAUGACUGCUAGAAAGAAACAUCAUCUCUCACAGAGUGGUGUGAAUGAUGUUGUGGCUGCGGUUCAGGAGUAUCAAGCUCAGUUACUGAACAACUUGAGGUAUCAGCUACAAACAGUAUUUAACAGACAUAAAGGAAGUGAACUUCAACAAGAAGCUUUGGGACUCUUUGACUCCUUUAAAGAUCCAUUUGCUGCAGUUUCAACGUCAUAUAGACAGGACAGUGUCAUAAAAGAAAAAUUCAGUUUUGUGGAAGCAGAAGAGGUUUCGGUCGGAUUAGCAGUAUGUUGUCAGAAAAGAGAAAAACGAAGAGACCUCACAAUAAAAAACAAAUGUUUCCAUUAUAUACCCCUGAUAAAGAGUUUAGAACAAUUGCUGUCUCAUCCAAAAAUCUUUGCCAUGAUAAAUGGUAGAUCUCAGAAUUGCAGCAGUGGAUAUUUUCAUGACAUCAUAUAUGGUGAACUAAUGCUUUCACACCCAUUAUUUUCUUCUAAAACCUUUGCUUUACAGAUAAUCCUUUAUUCGGAUGAAAUCGAAAUUUGCAAUCCACUUGGGUCUCAUGCUUCAAAGAAUAAGUUGCUCAUGUUUUACUACACUUUGGGAAACAUUAAUCCAAAGUACAGGUCAAAAUUAGCUUCAAUCCGCCUUAUUGCUAUUGCAAAGCAAAGUGAACUCUCAGAAUGUGGAGUUGAUGCCAUAUUGGCAAGACUGCAUGAGGACUUGGUUAAGCUAUAUAAUGGCGUGAAGAUUCAUCUUCCAUGUGGUGAACAUGAGCUAUAUGGAGCAGUAGUUUCCAUAUGUGGAGAUACUUUAGCUCAACAUGAGUUGUGUGGCUUCAAAGAGGGUGUGGGCUUUGCGUACAGUAAAUGCCAACAUUGUGAAUGUUCUUUUGAGGACAUGCAAAUGUUUUUUAAUGAAGAAAACUUUGAACAAAGAACACUGGAAAGACAUAUUCGACAGUGCAGUGACAUUGAGAAAGCCAGUACUGAGUAUCUCAGGAACAGCCUUAAAACUACAUAUGGAGUAAACCGAAUGAGCAAAGUAAUGGAUUUCCCUGCCUUCAAUUUAAUCCAACAAACUCCUCAAAAUAUAAUGCAUGUAAUUCUUGAGGGCAUUGCUCCCUUGGAAAUUAAGUGUAUGCUGAAACAAUUGGUUCUUUUGGGACAACUGGACCUAGAUGUUUUUAGUGCUGAUAUCAUUGGUUUCCCAUACUCUCCACAAGAUACUAGAGAUAGGACUAGCCCUAUAUUAGCUUCCAAUGACAACAAACUUAAGCAGUCAUCAGGUCAAAUGCUUGUUUUGCUCAAAAUAUUGCCCUUUCUGUUGGAUGUGAUUAAAGGUACUGCAUAUUUUCCUUCAUUCUUGAGCUUCUGGAGAUUGUUAAAAUUUUGUUUUCACCUGUUAUUAGCCUUGAGACUAUUGACAAGUUGAAAGUACUUAUUGAACAGCAUCUUAAACAUUUUAAGGAUCUUUUCUCAGAGAACAACAUUACACCUAAACAGCAUUACUUGAUUCAUGUUCCAUCCCAGAUUAAACUGUUGGGAACAAUGCUUCGUCACAUGUGCAUGAGGUUCGAAUCCAAACAUUGUUUCUUUAAAAAAUGGGUUUCAAAAGUAAAUUUCAAAAAUGUCUGUAAGUCCUUGAUUAAGCAUAACCAAAUGUUUGAAUGCUGUCAGAAUGUAAACAGUUCCAACCACCCCAUUUUUGCCAGUGAAUGUGUAUUGGGACCAGUAUCAGAAGUAAAAAACAUGCCGUAUUUAAAAGUAAAAGUAAGGGACUAUUUUGGUGUUAACCAGAUAAACCAUGCAGUGUCUGUUAAGUGGAUUACUUUAUAUGGAAACAAAUACAUUCGUGAAAAAACAUUACUAGUGUGUAUGGCAAAUGCUAGUAGUCUACCUGAAUUUGGACUUGUGAGGAACAUAUUCGUCAUAAAUUCAUCUUUGUAUUGUUUUGAAUGUCAGAUGUACAGUACAAUCUGUUUUGAUAGAGACUACAUGUCUUAUAAAAUUGAGGUUCCCAACCUGGCAGAGGCAACUGAACUCGUAAAUGCAGACAACCUUGUAGACUUCACACCGUAUUACAGUUUCAUUCACAGGGACAUUACAUAUGUCCCUAUGAAAUAUUACCUUGGAGAUGUGAUUGAAUUACAUAAAGCCUCAAAUGUAUGAGGAUUUACGGGUGUGUUCUGAAUUGAAUACCUUUUGACUUAUUUUUGAUGUAUAACAAUUUUUUGCUUUUCAUUUAUCAUUGUGAUGUUUUGGAAUAAUCUGAUUUCAAUACAAGUUGAGCUCAAUCGACAACAAUGUUGAUCAAACCCCUUUUUUGAGAAGAAAAAAAGUUGUCAAUUAUUUUUAUGCUCAUCAACAAAUGCUGCUUAUGAGCUCACCCAGAAUAUUCCUUAGACAAACUUUUAUACUCAUGUGAAAUAUUGUCUGUUUUGAUUGUUCUGCAUACAAUAAUUUCAUUGUUGUAUGUCUGUUGAUGAUGUGAAAUAUAGUAAAUCAGAAUCAAAUCACUUUUUGACAAAGUGUUUAUAUUCACACAAGCAAUUAGUCUUAAUUGAAUUUGAACAGACACAAACAGAAGAUCACUAAACAACAACAAAUUGACCUUUCAUAAUUUUUAGGGAUGGUAUUAUUCUUAAAAUUAGCACAAUAAUCUAAUUGAACAUGCACCAAAACUUGCACUUUAUAGCUGUCACUUGUUUCUGGUAAAAUCUACCUCAAAAUGAGUUAAUAUUUACUUGUCAAGACAGAAGAAGAACAAUUUUCUUAAAUUAAGAUUUAUGAGCUAGUGUGCAAUGUAUUUUAUAAGACUUUUUAUCUUUUAUGGCAAAAAACAAGACAUAUUUUCUAGAAAUAAGAUUUUUUUA